AAGGUCGUGAUUAAUUCGUCGUUUGAGCAGUUAAAGUUAAACAACACAUAACUUAUAAGCACAUUACUUAAAAAUAUUUAAGGAUUUUAAAUGAGGUCUGCGACAUUGUGCUAAUUUAGUGUCAGAGUAUACGGUACUGUACUGAUUUGGAACCAAUAGUCGGACAGAUUUUCGUAUUUCGGCGCCAUUAUUUCCGCAAAAACUAGGUCCCAGAAAAGUCACAAAUUAGCUAUAUAGCAAAAUCUAGCUAUAUAUAGCUAGAAAUAGCUAUAAAACCGUUUACAAUUGUUCAAAAUAGGUACACAAAUACAGCAGACUGUCCAAGGGUAAGAAUCUCUGGCUUUGGCAGCAGCUCUUUUUGUUUCAUGGCAGCCAAACUCUCUCCCACAAAACCAAUUUUAACUAGUUCAAAAAGUUUGAUCAAUGCCUGCAGCAGAGAGAGCUACUGAUUUGGUGCUUUAUGUUACGUUGCUUGUUUAAAAAAAAACUGUGCUUGGCUGCUUUAUGCGCUGAUGCUUUCUUUUAUAUGUGCUUAUUUCAUAAUAAUGCUUGUUUCUUUUGUUCUUGUUUUAUAUGUGCAUGUAUGUGUAAAUGCAUUGCUUUCAUAUGUGCUUUUGUAUUGCUUGAAGGUAGCUGCUUCCAGAAAUUAUCUUUUAUUUUAUGUCUUUUUAUGUUCCUUUAACAUGUCAUAUUUUAUGCAGGUUAAAUUAUUCAUGUCUUAACCAGUAUUUUAGUUGCUUUCUGUUUUUCGUUGUUAUUUAUAACUUCAGGUUUAUUUUGAUGAAUGUGAGCAUGAAAUUAUGCAGUUGUGUCUAACAGUCAGCAUGAAUUAACUACAUGUACUCCCAAUUAACCCCAUGCUGUAUUACCAAAGGAAGAAGGCCAGGAACCAGUAGCAAACUGACCUGAUAUCAGAGGUAACAGAAACAACAGCAGCUGACAAGUGGACAUCCAAUGAAGUAUUUUAACAAUUGACAUAGCCAUGAGUGAAAAUGGAUCAGGUGAUGCCACUCCAGGGUCUAUGAAGAGGGCUGGCUCAGUUGACCCACCAGGCGAGGUGAAAAGGCUUGAUACUCUUCUGGUGUUGUAGGAAGCCCAGGUCCAGCCAUAAAGUGGACAGAGAGUGGUAAACCUAUAGAGGAACAGUACUGUGAUGGAGUUGUGAAUUUCCUGCUGAAGGUAGCCUGUCAGGUGAGUGAGGUAGCAGGCUCACAGGGAGAGGUGCUGUCGAGGUGUUGGCACUGUUGAAAAUGGCCUUGAGACAGGAUGUAUGGCUUGGUUUGAUAAACUGUAGAAAGUCAGCAGCCAGAUUUCAACAACAUAUGUACAGCCUUAGAGUUACUGUGCUUCCUUCUAACUAUACUGGAAAAAGAUCAGAUACUGGCCAGCUUUACGCCUCUACAAAAAGGGAUAGCUGCCUGUAUGAACUGUCCAAACACCAAGGUUAUACGAGGAGUACACAGUCUGUUGUCACGACUGAUGAGCUUUUUCCCAACAGAACCAGUCAGCUCUAAUGGCAUCAAAAUACGAGGAAAUAGAAUGUCUGUAUGCAUGUGUCAGCAAGCUGGUCUAUGAGGGACUCAGUAAUAAUGACAAGGCAACAAAUGGAUCAACAUCCCAGUUGUUAAUAGUACACUGAUGAUACUGAAAGCAGCAUGUAUACACAACCAGUGCCAUGUAGACAGACUAAUCACAACUUUUAUGAAACUGCUCACUAAAAUGGCUAGGGAGCAUCUACAGCCAUUAGCACUACAGAGGCUAGCCCAGGGUACAAUUGCUUUGAAUCAGUUGCCAUCUAUCAGAGGAAAGGCCAUUCUACUGGUUAAACUGAUGGUACAUAUAGAGAAAAGAUUCAGUGAUGAUCAGGAACUAAAUGCACAAAUUCUAAAACUUGUCAUCUACAUCUACAGGAACGAAGGCCCAAGUGGGAUGGAGUUGACAAUAAAAUUAGAACAGGCUUUCCUGGCCGGUCCCAGAUGAUGGCAACCAGUCAUCCGAGGAAAAUUUGUAGAGGUUUUCAACAGCAGUGUUUCACAUAGAAUGUUUGAGAGACUGCUCUACAUGUUACAUGUUUACAGAACAGGGAACUGAUGAGUGGACACUUCUGGAUCAAACAGUGUAUUGAGUAAAGUUUUGGGAUGGUGCUACAGUUCCUGGAACGUUCGCUCAAAAGAAAUGCACUCAACGGGACAACAUUCCAGUUAACUGCGAGGACGUCAGGGAAGAAUGCCAGAAAAUCCAGACAGCGGUAACCAUGGUGAUGAGACUGGUUCUGUGUUCUUCUUAUCAAAUUGUGAUGCUGAGAUAGUGAGAAAUAGUCUGGAUACAGUCAUAAGUCAUGUGAUCAAAGAUAGGAAAGAUCCUGUUGUCAUCAGCAGUAAACGACAGCUGACAGCCCUGACGAAUAUCCAAGGUUACCACCAGUACUUCAUGUCAUUGUGCCGGAAGCUCAAACUUCUACAGAAUGACCGUGUCACCCUCCUGUCUCCCAUGGAUCAGCUUAUUGUGAUACAGUUGUGUCUUGCUGAGAAGAGUAAACAGGAAACUGGAGAAUUUGAUGUGGAAACAAGCAUUGUAAUGCAGGCCUCAAAGGAUAUAUCCAGUCAAAAACUGCUGAGUCAGUAUGACAUCACUUCCUGUUCCAGAGAUUCUGGGAUAUGUGAAUUGUAUGAUAAUUUCCUGCAAGAUUGUAAUUACAAGGAUGGUUGUGAUGUGUUCAAUGUGUUGAAAGAAGAGAUGAGAAAAAAUGAGGAUUUACAAAGACAGAUAAAACAACAAAAUUUUGUGAUUCUUGAUCAGCCAAAGUCAGCAUUGGAGAGGAAAAUGUUAGAACUUCUCUCAGAAGGGAAAGAUGUUAAGUCAGUGACUGUUGAAGUCCCUCUAGACAGUGAGGAUAAUAUUUUUGUAACCAUUGACAGCAGUUGCCUAGCAGCAAGACUAGAUCUUGAUGUACCUCUCAGUACAGUGAAGAAAACACCAUCAAUAACUGAGGCCUAUGUACGUUUAGUAUUCCUGUCCUAUCUCGAACUGCUUGUCAACUCAAGAUCUGAACUUGCAUUGGCCAGGGUUAUCAAUGUUCCAGAAAGGGAGCUAACCCAUUCAGCUUUCACUGAUUUAAAACAUGAAUCCAGGGAAAGGAAAAUGACUAUGUAUCAGACUGCCACAUCAUUCAUUAUGAAGAUUCGAUUAGGUGGUAAGGGUUAUGCCCCUGACCCUAACCACCCAUUAGGGGCCCAUGUGAAAGGUAUAGGAGAGUUUGUAUCACUCAUGCACAGAAUGGAGACAGUGAUUGAAGAGGACCCAGACAUCAGAUCAGCUUGUCGGAGAACUGUGAACAUUAUUAAGAGAGAGAUGUUAAAGUGUAGAGACAGUAAAAUACGUAACUCAAGUGUAGAGUCUGUGGCAGACUUAUUACACACACAGAUUACUGACAUCAUUGAUCAACUGGACACACAGAUUGUUGUUACACCAGACAAGAGUGCUGCUAAUGGAGGUUCCCUCACAAGCCGGCGAGCCAGAAAGGCCCUACGACAGUUGCUAGAUAAACUAGCUACGGUAGACGAUGAUAUGGCGACACUUGAUCAUCUCACAGAUAUAUACUCCAGUCAGCGGACUCCACUUAGAUUUCCAUCUGUUAUUUCUCAAUUCAGAUCUCCAGAGGAAGAGCUGGAGGUGACAAGUCCUGGUAACAAAUAUAAUCUAUCUUUGUCAGAAAGGGUUCUCAAUAUCACCAACAAAACACAGACACCUGUAUAUGCGAAGAGAUACAAGUCAACAUAUGAUUGGGCUGAACCAGUACAUCAUGUGGAGUUACAGAAGGACAUAGACGCAUUCUCUUCUUCUCAAGUUUAUGUCAUUCCAAGUAAAACAAUUGUACAUGCAGGGAACAAGCUGAGUUCAGGUCAGGCAGCUAAAGUUCUCGAAUCCAUGUUAGACAAGGAAAAUGUUGUAGAAACUGACACACUACCUGUUUCUGUACGGUCAGAGAAUAAAGGCAAUGAAAAGGCAGGAACAAACAUUCAGGGAGUUACUAAGCAGAGCAAUAACAAGAAAAAAACUGACAAGCAGUCUAAAAAGAGACAGUUACCAGAUGGGAACCAGUCUAGUCAACCUGAAAAAAGAAAGAAACAAGACCAGUCUAAGACUUGCAGACGGAAGUUGUUACCUCAGGUUAAAGGUCAGCAGUCACUGGCCAAAUUUUUCAGGGUGUAAUUAUGUUUAGAUCAUGCUAGUCAACAAAAUUCCAGAAUGGUUCCGGUUUUACUAAUUCAUAUUAAGCAGAUUCACGUUUUAUACUCAGGUGUCCGAGAUAUUAUAAUUAUGUACAUUUUUUUAACCUUAAUGGUUACCCUUUUUUUAAUAUAGAUGUUUUGUAAUUGUAAAUAUCAAAAAUGUGUGUAAACGUUAUUUAUUUCCUCUAUGUAUUUUUACAUUAUGGCAAUUGUAUUCAACAUGUUUUAUUGGUAACAGAACAAUAUUUUAUUUGUGCACAGUUAAGAGUUUUGACUAGUUUGCAGUAGACUUGGAAAUUUUCAUGUUAUGUUUUGUGAUUUGAUAAACAACAAACAUAAUUGUAUUGUGAAGAAUUUCAGAAUUUCAUGCUUCAGAGUUAAUUAUCCGUUGGAGAAAAUGCUCUCAUAUAUUCGAAAUUCAUAAAGUAAGCUCUCUUUAGGAAUAUUUGCGAAAAUAUAUAAGGAUAAUAUUAAAGGUUAAAAGAAUGGUCUCCGUCCUUCCGUCUGUAACAAUUGUGUCCACUCCAUAUAACUUAAACCCAUUGAAGGAUUUUCAUGAAACUUGGCACAAAUGAUCACCUCAUCAAGACGAUGUGCAGAACUUAUGAGUCAGCUAUGUCGACUCAAGGUCAAAGUCACAACUCAAGGUCAAAGAUUGGAGCCUUCCAUUUUGUGUCCGCUCUAUCUUCUAAACCCCUUGAAGGAUUUUCAUGAAACUUGGGUCAAAUGAUCACAUUAUCAAGAUGAUAUGCAGAACUCAUGAGUAAGCCAUGUGAACUCAAGGUCAAAGGUUUGAGACUUCCAUUUUAUGUCGCUCUGUAUCUCCUAAACCCCUUGAAGGAUUUUAUGAAACUUGAGUCAAAUGAUCACCUCAUCAAGAUGGUGUGCAGAACGCAGGAGUCAGUUAUGUCGACUCAAGGUCAAGGUCACAACUCGAGGUCAAAGGUUUGAGACUUCCAUUUUGUGUCUGUUCUGUAUCUCCUAAACCCUUUGAAGUAUUUUCAUAAUACUUGGAUCAGAUGAUCACCUUAUCAGGAUGAUGUGCAGAACUCGUAAGUCAGCCAUGUUGGCUCAAGGUCAAGGUCACAACUCAAGGUCAAAUUCAUUGACGUUGUCAUACAUGGACUAUAAAACAUACUUAACAGCGCCUGUGCUUCCACCCAAUACCAUCAACCCUUUCACUAUCCAUAACAGCGGUGGGGGAUAUAGAUGUCUUUCAGACUGUCUUGUUUCAUGUUUUGUAACAUGGAAGGGCUUCCUUACAAAGAUGAUUUAAAGCCAGGAAAUAUGCCCCUUGUAUGAAUAAGACCGAAUUUGUUCACUGUAAAUGAAUUAAAGCCAGAAAAUAUACUCCUAUUGACAGUUAGACCAGCAGUGUUCAUUGUAUAAAUGAUUUAAACCUAGUAAAUAUACCAGGGGCCUCUGGCCAAGUGGUAAAGGUUGCUGACUUCAAAUCACAUGCCCCUCAUCAAUAUUGGUGAGAGCCGUAUGUGGUCCUGGGAUGAUCGGUGUAUAAAAAGAAUUGGAACCACUGCCUUACCCUUGCAUGAUCGUAAGAGGCGACUAAUGGGGUCUUAACACUUGAUUUUGCUGUAACUCUGUGAUUCCAGCAGGUAUGCAAAUUUUGAUUCCAUAACUCAUGUUUUUAUUUCGAUGAAAAUGAGAUGUGAAACCAAAAUUUGUAGUCCUGUUUGGCGCCAUAUAACCUAUACUUUGUUUGUGCACCGUAAAACCCAAAUAAAUAAAUUGGGGGCUUUAGAAUUCUUCAUGUGGGGAAGGCAUCCAGCUAGCUUGAAGAAAGUUGGUGGUUCUAUCAGGUACAUUUGGGUGAUGAAAUAGUACCCAGAAGGUUAUCUGGGAUCUUCCUCCGACAUGAAACACUGGAAAGUCGCCAUAUGACCUAUAAUUGUGUCAGUGUGACAUUAAACCCAACUAAACAAACAGGAAAUAUACGCCUGCUGAGAAUUAGACCAGUAGUGGCCAUUGUAACUAAAUUAAGGCCUCGAAUGUACAUCUUGUGAUACAGUCUAAUUUUAGGACAUCUCUCUAAGUUUGAUGUCUUAAUGUUAAUUGUACAGAACUACUCGGUAGAGCAGCUAAGGACCUUUUGGUCAUCUUGUUCCUAAGCAAGCUGUUUUUUUAUACAAAUAUCUUGUUUGUGUUGAGGAAUUUGUUUCAUCUCACAUUACAGGUACAAAACUGAUGCUUUUCAUAAUCAGCUGUUUCCUGUUUUGAUUGCAGCCAUACUAAAAAUACAUUUUCACCUCGUAAAAACAACAAGGAGCUAUCUGUCUUCACUAUAUUCUGUACAGUGUCAUCAAUAUGCACUGCUCUGAUGAAUCAGUAUUUAUAAUGUUAAUUUAUUCAGAACUACUUUUCCACUUUUUGAACAUUUAGACAGUUUCUGUAAUAAUUAUGUCAAAUGAAAAUAUACCAGUGUCAUGAUGUUCAUGGAGGGAUAUGUCCCAGUUGUCUUACUCUAUUGUUUAUCUCAUAAUGUUUGUUAGUGUUUACAAAAAAUUUUCUUUUCACAUAAUGGAUGAAAUAGAAACUAGGUCUUACUUGGGCUCAUUUAAUCAUUUAGAUGACCUUUAUAUUUCAAACAUUUGGAAUGAUGAAAUAUUUUGUUUGCUUAAAUAUAUUAUGCCCAGGUAUCUGUGGACCAUUCAGUCAUUAAUGAUGAAAUAUAUGCAGUUACUCAGAGCCGCUCAGAAUGCACUAUUUCUGCUUUAUGUUUAAAUGAAUCUAGGAAAGAAACAGUAUGAAAUUCUGCAAAAGGUGCUGGAUAACCUUUCACAUAAAGAAAACUGGAAAAUUAUUACACAGGUUGUUUAAGUUUCUAAAUCUAUUGUUUUAACAAGUUGCUUUUUGGGUCUUAUAUGUUUUUUCUUAGCAUUUUAGCAUUUGUUUUUACACAUAUUCAUUUAUAAAACAUUAUUAUUUUAGUUUUUAUGUUCCCCAUCGUGGAAGCAUACAGUUGCCGCUUCGUCUGUCUGUCCGUAAUACUUUUCUGGAGUAUUUCUCAGCAACCACUGGUUUGAAUUUAGCCAAACUUCAUAGGAAGCUUUACUAUCAAGAGGAGAUGCACAUAUUGUUUUUGUGAUCAAGUCUGAUGAUUUUUCACUGAGUUAUUGUCCUUUGUUUAUUCAACAUUAGUAUACUAUAGUACAAGUCUUGUCCAGAGUAUUUCUUAGCAACCACUAGUUUGAAUUUAGCCAAACUUGAUAGGAAGGUUUACUAUCAAGAGGAGACGUAUACGUUAUUAAUUCCAUACCUCAUAUUUCAUGUGAUGAGAAACCAAAAUUUUAGUCCUGUUUUGCACCAUAUAAUUGUACUAUGUUGGUGUGCCGUUAAACCCAGAUCAGCUCAAAUCAACCCAGUUGGGUAUAGAAGUUAAACCCAAAUUAGAUUAAAUUAAAUUUAUAUUAGUGUGUAGUAAUAAAAGUAAACCAUUUACACCAUGAGUUGUGUUUUUAGUUUCAAGGGGUUUAAUAUUGCCAACUUAGAAUGAAAUGCAAGUUUACACUAAAUAAUCUCAACAACCUCUGCCUACAUGUUUGCAAUGCAAAUUAUGGUAACCAGUCCUUCAUUGUAUUUAUUUACUGAAAUGUUUAGCCUAUGUACAACUAUUUGGGAUGCUUUCAUCUUUAGGUGGUUUACACUAUCACACAGAGUAUAUUUUUGUAAUCAGUUUCUAUAGUCAUGAAGAUAAUUCCACAUGUGCAAUUUUUAUGCCCAUGUUAUAAUCAUAGUAUUACUUUUUUCAUAGAAGCAGUAAACUUGAUUAAAAAUUAAAUAAUCAUUAUGUGGUGAAACUGUUAUCAUUCAUAUUUUUAUCCAUAAUUUAUUUUAGUCAAAUUAGCAUAUAUUUUGUUAAUUUAUGUUUUAUUACAUGUCAUUUUGUAUUUAUUAUGCAUAUCACAUAAUAAAUGUCUGCAGAUGUCCUCUUUAAUUUAUGCACAUGCACUUCUUAAUUAUAUGAAUAAAUCUUACAAUGUC